GGCUGGAGAGAAGUGAUGCUGGGGGGGUCCUCAGCGCAGAGCCAGCGCGGUGAACGAGCGGCGAGCGGGAGCGCGCGUAUAGGAAGGAAGGGAAGGAAGGAGCUGAGGCAGAUCAGUCGCCAGCGGAGCCCAAGACGGUGGAUGAACGGAGCCGAGCGUGUGUGUCGCCCUUGGUCGUUUAUUACAGCAGCCGAAAGCAGCGUCCGGCGGCGCGAAACCUGCCCCAAAAUGAUGCUCAAACUGGUCCAUCUCCUCGGGGUGCUCGUCUGCGGCAGCCAAGCCGCCCUGCAGGUGUCCAUAUCCUUGAACAAAGUGGAGUUAAGUGUCGGAGAGUCCAAGUUCUUCAUCUGCACAGCUAUCGGCGAGCCAGUGAGGCUGGAGUGGUACAACCCCCAGGGCGAGCGCAUCGUGUCGUCCAGGCGAAUGGCACUCCACACGGAGACGUCACGAUCCAGGCUCAUCAUUUACAACGCCAUCAUCGAGGACGCGGGUAUCUACCGCUGCCAGGCCACCGACGCCAGCGGUCACACCGAGGAGGCCUCAGUGGUGCUGGAGAUCUACCAGAGGCUGACGUUUCGGGAUGUUCAGUCACCGCAGGAGUUCCGCCACGGUGAGACGGCGGAGGUGGUGUGUGACGUCAUUAGUUCACCGGUGCCCGUGGUGGUGUGGUACUACCAGGACAAAGAGAUCACGGAGGAGCACCACAGCAGGUUCCAGGUGCUGGCAAACAACAACCUCCAGAUCCUUCAGGUGACCAAGGCUGACGAGGGCGUGUACCGCUGCGAGGCCAGCGUCGAGGCUCGUGGCGAGAUCGAUUUUGUGGACAUCGCUGUGGUGGUCAACGUCCCUCCGGUGCUGUCAGUGUCCCAGCAGUCCUUCAAUGCCACAGCUGACUACCAGGAAUCAGUCACCUUUACUUGCAUCACCUCUGGAUCUCCUGACCCUGUGGUCACAUGGCACAGGAAAGGGCAGCAGCUGGAGCCGUCAGAGCAGUACAUUUUCAACAGGCUGGAAGGAGGGCGCAGCAUGUUAACCAUCCGCAACAUCCGACAGGGCGACGGGGGUACCUACACUUGCAAGGCCACCAACAAGGCAGGAUCUCAGGAGAGGGAGCUCUUCCUCAAGGUGUUCGUCCAGCCCCAUAUCACCCAGCUGAAAAACGUGACAGCCGUAGAGGGCAGCGCCGCCAUGAUCUCCUGUGUGGCUGACGGCGAGCCUCUGCCCGACAUUUCCUGGAGGAGAGCCAGGGAUGGCCAGACCUUCGUUGACGGAGACAAGAGUCAGGACGGACGCUUUGAAGUCCGCGGACGUCACGGCAAGUCGGUGUUGACCAUCAGCGGCGUGAGGCUCACCGACUUGGGUCGAUUUGACUGCGAAGCACUCAGCAGGAUCGGAGGUCAUCAGAAGAGCAUGUACCUGGACAUUGAGUAUAUACCAAAGUUCCUGACCAACCACACCAUCUAUUACUCAUGGGAGGGGAACCCAGUGAACAUAAGCUGCGACGUGAUGUCCAACCCGCCUGCCACCAUGUUGUGGAGGAGAGAGCGCUUCACCAUCUCUGCAGAGGGAACCGCCAACACACGGGUGCACAGCGCAGAGGGCAAGUCUGUGCUGGAGGUGACUCCUAUGUCCGACAGGGACUUCGGCCGCUACAACUGCACAGCCAGAAACAACAUUGGAGUUCGAUACCAGGAGUUCAUUCUGGCCCAGGCAGAUGUACCGUCAAAUCCAUACUCAGUGCGUCUUUCAGCCGUUUCCCAGCGCUUGGCGACCGUCACCUUCAUGAAGCCGGACUCGCAUGGUGGCGUGCCCAUCAGCUACUACCUGGUCCAGUACAAGGAGGUUGGCUCACAGGACUGGAGGGAUGUCAAGUCACACAGUGUCCAGACGACAGUGGUGCUGACGGGGCUGGAGCCCAACACGACGUAUGAAGUUCGAGUGGCAGCUGUCAACGGAAAGGGUCAGGGAGAGUUCAGCCACACGGAGACCUUCCAGACUUUACCCAUCCGAGAGCCGAGUCCACCGGCGGUCCACGGGCAGAGAGGAAUGGGCAAGGCUUACAGACUGGGGCUGGUCAAGCAGGACGAUGGAGGGAUGCCCAUCGUGGAGUACAUAGUGAAGUACAAGACUGAUAAAGAGGAACAGUGGAUGACCAAGCUAGUUCCAGGGGCAAACGAUUUUGCAAUGCUGCAGCCGCUGCAGUGGAACACGAGAUAUGAAGUGGAGAUCACAGCGCGCAACGUCAAGGGUCUGUCGGAGCCCACCUUCUAUCAGUUCUUCAUGCCACAGAAACCUGACAUUACAGCAGAAUCCCUGUUCAGCGGCCUGGGGCUGGGGGCUGUGGUGGGCCUCGGACUGGGAGCGCUUCUGCUGCUGCUCGUGCUGGUGGACGUCAGCUGCUUCUUCCUGCGUCACUGCGGCCUGCUGAUGUGCAUCACGCGCACGCUGUGUAGCAAGAAAACAGCCACCAGUGGCAAGGGCAAAGAAAUAGAGGAGGGCAAGGCUGCCUACCUGAAGCUACCGCUGAAGGAGGAAAAUGGGAAAGAAUCUCUCAAGCCGGAUACGAUUGAAAUCAAAGUGCACAGUGACAACAGCAUCCACACAAAGCCCGACGACAGCAAAGCGUAAAAGGGUCGGUCCCCUCGCCACCAAAAGAACAUUCGGAUCACAAGACCAAAACCCAGAGAAACUACAACACUGGAAAAAAGUGGAGUAAAAAAACCAUAUCUGUUUAUAACAAUGCCCCAGUGAAAGGCAUGUGUAAAUACAAAUAAUAGGGAGAAAAUAGAAAGAGAGAAAGGGUCAACCUUUUAGACACCCUGAUUGAUAAAUAUAUCAAAAACAUGGCUUCAGUGGACGGCUUGUUGAUCAAUGAUUGUAUUUUGUUUGUCUCACUUUAUGUUGUCGGUUCAUAACUGUUGUUUUCCUUCCCCACCCACAUAAGACUAAAUUCAAUGCAGUUAAAUGUUGAUCAGUCACUUCUGUAGCCCACACUUCUCACACAAUCACAAAUGCGAGCAAAACCUCCUUUCCCUGAGCUAACAGCGCUAACGCCCUUCCUCUGUUUUUGUCGGAGCGAAUGCGCGGGCCAGCCCUCCCCGCGGGAUACCACGACGAUUUCCAAUGCCCGAGCGUUCCACCACAGCAACCUUUUUUAUGCCUUUUAUUAGCCGAGCUUGGUGCUGAAGCGUUGUGUUUUUCGAGCUAGCUGGCUUCAGUAACAAAAGAGGUAAACCACUCUGAACGAGGAGGUUUCGUUGCUUCAGGUUGACGUGUCGACAGGUUCUUGUGAGAGGCAUUUUGUUCCCGGUAACAUUUCAAAGGGGAAAAAUUGUAUGAAACAGAACCUUGUUAUUAAUCAUUAAGAGGAAUUCGGUCUUGAUAAAUGAUGACUAAUGUUUUCUGAAGGGCUAUUGUGGGUCGUGGUUUCUGUUGACAACAAAAAAAAAGACAAAAAGAAAGAAUGUGUUGCAGUCUAUGAAUAAUGUGCACUGAUGUCAUUGUUAGUAAAAAAAAAAAAAAAGCCUUUUAUAUUGACGCUGAAUAUUGUUGACACUCAUUCUCUUAACAACGUGUGCAUUAGUAUGUUUUAUUCAUUGUUCAAACUGCAGACGAUAUUCAGUACAGUUUACUGUUGCCAGUUGUUGGUUAAAUGCAACACGAGUAUUGGAGAAAAAAAAAACGAUGUCCCCACAAAUGCUCCCAGUGGCGUCACGUAAUUGUUGCUGUCUGUAGGAAAAGCAGACUCGAGCUACGGGAACAAACGAGUGUGCCGAUGAGAACUAAAUCAACACGUUAUUAAUAAUGAACACUGUUUUCUUCUUUAUUCAUUCCUGUAUCAGAUCUGCCUCAGAUGCAUUUGUUUUUUGUUUGUUUUCUUGGUCUGAUUGCUAUUCUCUCUGAUGUUGUCAUGUGUUGUACAUAGGUGAAAAAAAAAAAGAAUAUUUUACAGAGCUUUUAUGUAAAUAUAUCCUAAAUGAUUUGUCUUUUUUUUUUUUCAAAAAGGCAACAGGCUUGGCUUUUUUUGUGAACGCUCCUCAGAUGAAAAGCUGUUUUCCUCUUCUGUUGUGUUUUGGUCCAAAGUUCAGUGAUGAUGUAAUACUGCUUUUUCUAGUCAUUUGCUUUCCCUUCUGGAAAUCCGUGCCCUAAGGCUAUUUCACAGCAUUUCAAUGGAGACGGUAAUUACGGCAUUAGUGUGCCUUCUCUCUCUCUCUCUCUUUUUUUUUCUCCUCCCCCCUUGUGGCCCAAUGCCGCCGCAGCAGUGUAAACCAUCAAAUGCAUUUUUGCUGCUUUUUGCCACAGAAUGUGUCAGACGAUUGAAUUUUAUUGUGAUGCUGUGAAUUCCGGGAAAUGUAGUUUUGGGGAUUGUGGUCGACGACACUGGACGGAAACACACUACCUAGUACAACUGGAUGUCAGGUUGAUGCUGUGAUUGGCUGCAGAAAUCUGGUUUAAAUGCAAUGUAAUGCAUCGUGUGUGUGUGUGUGUGUGUGUGUGUGUGUGUGUGUGUGUGUGUGUGUGUGUGUGUGUGGCAUACAUGCAUGGGUGGGUGAAUAUACUUACCUACAUGAAUCAGGUUGCAUGUAUGUCUGUUGAAUGUAUCUGCAAGUACUGUAAUCAUCUGUGUAUGUUUGUGAGUGUGUGUGUGUGAGUGUGUGUGUGUGCCCCAUUUAGAUUUUUCACAAUAAGAGUCCAAAUUUCAAAUAUAAACCUAAAUGAAAAAGAGUUGCAAAGUUAAUAUCUUGCUGUUCUGGCGUUUAUGUAGUGAUAAUUUAUUUGUUAAUUUUGUUGAAUAUUUAUAUUAUUCAGUACACUUUUCAGUUCCAUGAUGCAUUGUGCAGCAAGUCAUGUAGCUCACGACUAGGUGCCAAGUAUGAAUGUCCGAGUUGCUGUGAGCGCGUUCCUCUUGGAGCGUGGAGUGAGUUGGCGAGAGCUCUCACCCUGAGUUUCAGAGUGCGCUCCGAUAGGUAAAACCUGAUUAUGUAGUUCUCGACACAGUGAUUAAUUCCCCCCAGGCUGCAGCACUCCACGCGCGUGUCUGCGAGCCGCCACCCCCCUCCGCCACUAUUCCCUGCCUCUCAGACACCAUUGGUUUUUAUCUCAGCUUUGUUUUCUCACAGCGAGCCCUUGUACCUGCAUAUCUCAAAUGGAUGGUCCUGCCAUGGAGUGGUUCCGCUGCCUGUUACGAUGACUGUAAAUAUGGGAGCACAGUGCCUGGAGGCUAUACGAUUUGUACAUGUUCUUUUGUAUUUGAAUAUGAGUCUAAAUACCCAACUCUCCCCCCUCUCCCCACUCUCUCCCCUUCUUGUCCUCCCCUCCUCUCGGUCUCCUCCACCAUUCCUCUGUCCUUUUUCUGUAGGGGGUAAAACAGGUGUGUUUGAGCUCAGUGUACAGUUUGUGUCCUCUUUGUCCCCAUGCUCCCUGUGUCCCUUGGACCGUCCCCCGCUGAGUGUGCUUUGUGCAGGAGGUGGGAACUAUUGAUGUCUCUCUGUACGUACCUGUGGAACCUUUGUGACUCCUGUCAUUUGCCGCUGUAAAUAAACAUGUCCUGGUAGAAGAGA